AUGGCCGACCAAGCUUCCGUUGACCAGGCGGGGGCUGCUGUCGCAAACCUCCAGCUCGACGAGGUUACUGGUGAGAGAGUGUCUAAGUCAGAAUUGAAGAGAAGGCAGAAGCAGCGCGCCCAGGAAGAGAAGAAAGCUGAGAAGGCCGCCGCUGCCGCCGCUGCCGCUCCAGCAGAAGGCAAGAAGAAGAAUAAGGAGGAGGACGAAUCUCAACUCACUCCCAACCAAUAUUUCGAGAUCCGCAGUGCCAAAAUUAACCAGCUUCGACAGACCAAGGAGCCCAAUCCAUACCCUCACAAGUUCCAGGUCACCGAUGACCUCCGUCAGUUCCUCAAGGACUAUGACUCGCUGAAGAAGGGAGAGCAGAUGCCAGAGAAGGAAGUGCGCAUUGCUGGCAGAAUAUAUACCAAGCGUUCUGCCGGAGCUAAACUUAUCUUCUAUGACCUACGUGCAGAAGGUGUGAAGGUACAGGUUGCCUGCCAGGCCCAGGAGGUCACAGGCGAUGUCCCAUUUGAAGCCCAGCACGAGCAGCUGCGAAGAGGAGACAUUGUUGGUAUUGUUGGAUUCCCCGGCCGCACAAAUCCAAAGAACCGUGACGACGGUGAACUCUCGAUUUUUGCCCGUCAGGUUACCCUUCUCUCGCCAUGCCUUCACCAGAUCCCAUCAGAACAUUACGGCUUGAAGGACCAGGAGCAGCGGUUCAGACAGAGAUACCUAGAUCUAAUCAUGAAUGACUCUUCAAGAAAUGUAUUUGUUACUCGCUCCAAGAUCGUUAGCUAUAUCCGACGAUACUUUGAUGAGCGUGACUUCGUUGAGGUUGAGACACCAAUGAUGAACGCUAUUGCAGGCGGUGCUACUGCUAAGCCCUUCAUCACUCACCACAAUGACCUGAACAUGAAUCUAUUCAUGCGAAUUGCUCCUGAGCUAUACCUGAAGAUGCUUAUCGUUGGUGGGCUCGAGCGAGUAUACGAAAUGGGUCGCCAGUUCAGAAAUGAGGGAAUCGACCUCACCCAUAACCCUGAAUUUACCACUUGCGAGUUCUAUUGGGCUUAUGCUGAUGUGUAUGAUCUCAUGAACGUCACCGAAGACCUUGUCUCAGGGCUUGUCAAGCACGUUACCGGUGGCUACGAGACCGUCUUCCACACACAGAGCGGAGAGGAAUACAAAGUCAACUGGAAGGCCCCAUGGAAGAAGAUCGAGAUGAUUCCAGCCCUUGAAGAAGCCACCGGUGAAAAAUUCCCUCCAGGUGAUCAACUGCAUACCGAGGAGACAAAUGAGUUUUUGAAGCGGGUUCUGAAGAAGGUCAAUGUUGAAUGUACUCCCCCACUCACCAAUGCUCGAAUGCUUGACAAGCUGGUUGGAGAAUUCAUUGAAGAGGAGUGCAUCAACCCAUCAUUUAUCAUUGGUCACCCGCAAAUGAUGUCUCCACUGGCCAAGUAUCACCGUGAUCAUGUUGGCCUGUGUGAACGAUUUGAGGCCUUCGUCUGCAAGAAGGAGAUUGUCAAUGCCUAUACUGAGUUGAACGAUCCCUUUGACCAGAGACUACGCUUCGAAGAGCAAGCCAGACAAAAAGAACAAGGCGAUGAUGAAGCACAAAUGAUUGAUGAGAAUUUCUGCACCAGUUUGGAAUAUGGCCUCCCACCCACAGGUGGAUGGGGUAUGGGAAUUGACAGAUUAGUCAUGUUCUUGACCGACAACUAUAGCAUCAAGGAAGUUUUGGCAUUCCCAUUCAUGAAGGAAGAUAAGACUGCUGGAAAGGAUAAGGAUCAUCUGGCUGCUGAGGUUGUUGGCAUUCAACCUACCCCUGUAGAGGGCAUUCGUAAGUGA